UCAGGAUGAAACGUGCCUGGUUGUUCUUCAGAAAAAAAAAAUGGUUACUUCUUUGAACUCAUGCCUGGGCUUUAUCUGUUUAUUGUUAUGCCACUGGACUGGGACGGCAUCAUCGCUGAAUCUCGAGGACCCUAAUGUGUGUAGCCACUGGGAAAGCUACUCGGUGACUGUGCAAGAGUCAUACCCACACCCCUUUGAUCAGAUCUACUACACCAGCUGCACUGACAUCCUGAACUGGUUUAAAUGCACGCGGCACAGGAUCAGUUAUCGGACAGCCUAUCGACAUGGGGAGAAAACUAUGUAUAGGCGCAAGUCCCAGUGCUGCCCCGGAUUUUACGAAAGCAGGGACAUGUGUGUGCCUCACUGUGCUGAUAAAUGUGUCCAUGGCCGCUGCAUCGCUCCAAACACCUGUCAGUGUGAGCCUGGCUGGGGUGGGACCAACUGCUCCAGUGCAUGUGAUGGCGAUCACUGGGGGCCGCACUGCAGUAGCCGGUGCCAGUGCAAAAACGGGGCUCUGUGCAACCCCAUCACCGGGGCUUGCCACUGUGCUGCCGGCUUCCGCGGCUGGCGCUGCGAGGACCGCUGUGAGCAGGGCAGCUAUGGCAACGACUGUCACCAGAGAUGCCAGUGCCAGAACGGAGCCACCUGCGACCAUGUCACGGGGGAAUGCCGCUGCCCACCGGGUUACACCGGGGCCUUCUGUGAGGAUCUUUGUCCCCCUGGCAAGCAUGGACCACAGUGUGAGCAGAGGUGCCCCUGCCAAAACGGAGGAGUGUGCCACCACGUCACCGGAGAAUGCUCCUGCCCCUCUGGCUGGAUGGGCACAGUCUGUGGUCAGCCUUGCCCGGAGGGUCGCUUUGGAAAGAACUGUUCCCAAGAAUGCCAGUGCCAUAAUGGAGGGACAUGUGACGCCGCCACAGGCCAAUGCCAUUGCAGUCCGGGAUACACAGGGGAACGGUGCCAGGAUGAGUGCCCUGUGGGGACCUAUGGCAUUCGCUGUGCGGAGACCUGCCGGUGCAUCAACGGGGGGAAGUGCUACCACGUGAGCGGGGCGUGCCUCUGUGAAGCUGGCUUUGCUGGUGAGCGCUGCGAAGCGCGCCUCUGUCCAGAGGGUCUCUAUGGCAUCAAAUGUGACAAGCGGUGCCCGUGCCACCUGGACAACACUCAAAGCUGUCACCCCAUGUCUGGAGAAUGUGCCUGCAAUCCAGGCUGGUCGGGACUCUACUGUAAUGAGACGUGCUCUCCUGGGUUCUAUGGGGAGGCUUGCCAGCAGAUCUGCAGCUGCCAGAACGGGGCUGACUGUGACAGUGUGACCGGAAAGUGCACCUGUGCCCCUGGAUUCAAAGGAAUUGAUUGUUCUACCCCGUGCCUUCCGGGAACCUAUGGGAUAAACUGUUCCUCUCACUGCAGCUGUAAAAAUGACGCUGUCUGUUCUCCUGUGGAUGGUUCUUGUACUUGCAAGGCAGGCUGGCACGGCGUGGACUGCUCCAUCCGCUGUCCCAGUGGCACAUGGGGCUUUGGCUGUAACUUAACUUGCCAGUGCCUUAAUGGGGGUGCUUGCAACACCCUCGAUGGAACCUGCACGUGUGCCCCUGGAUGGCGUGGGCAGAAGUGUGAAUUUCCCUGCCAGGAUGGCGCAUAUGGGCUGAACUGUGCCGAGCGCUGCGACUGCAGCCACGCGGAUGGUUGCCACCCCUCCACGGGCCAUUGCCGCUGCCUCCCUGGAUGGUCAGGUGUGCACUGUGACAGUGUUUGCGCCGAGGGACGCUGGGGCCCCAACUGCUCCCUGCCCUGCUACUGUAAAAAUGGAGCUUCAUGCUCCCCUGACGAUGGCAUCUGUGAAUGUGCGCCUGGGUUCCGAGGCACCACGUGCCAGAGAAUCUGCUCCCCUGGUUUUUAUGGGCAUCGCUGCAGCCAGACAUGCCCACAGUGUGUUCACAGCAGCGGGCCAUGUCACCACAUCACAGGCCUGUGCGACUGCUUGCCCGGCUUCACCGGCGCCCUCUGCAAUGAAGUGUGUCCCAGUGGCAGAUUUGGGAAAAAUUGUGUGGGAAUUUGUACUUGCACCAACAAUGGCACCUGUAACCCCAUUGACAGAUCUUGCCAGUGCUACCCAGGUUGGAUCGGCAGCGACUGCUCCCAACCCUGCCCACCUGCCCACUGGGGCCCCAACUGCAUCCACACUUGCAACUGCCACAAUGGGGCCUUCUGCAGUGCCUACGAUGGAGAAUGCAAAUGCACUCCUGGCUGGACGGGGCUCUACUGCACUCAGAGAUGCCCUCUGGGAUUUUACGGCAAGGACUGUGCGCUGACGUGCCAGUGUCAGAACGGAGCUGACUGCGACCACAUCUCCGGGCAGUGCACCUGCCGCACGGGCUUCAUGGGCAGGCACUGCGAGCAGAAGUGCCCCGCAGGAACAUAUGGCUAUGGCUGUCGCCAGAUAUGUGACUGCCUGAACAACUCCACCUGUGACCACAUCACCGGGACCUGUUACUGCAGCCCUGGAUGGAAGGGCGCACGAUGUGACCAAGCUGGCGUUGUAAUAGUUGGGAACCUGAACAGUUUAAGCAGAACCAGUACUGCCCUCCCUGCUGACUCCUACCAGAUUGGGGCCAUCGCAGGCAUCAUCAUCCUCGUCCUUGUUGUUCUCUUCCUCCUGGCCUUGUUCAUUAUUUACAGACACAAGCAGAAGGGGAAGGAGUCAAGCAUGCCAGCAGUUACCUACACCCCGGCCAUGAGGGUCAUCAAUGCGGAUUACACCAUUUCAGAAACGCUGCCCCACAGCAAUGGUGGAAAUGCCAACAGCCACUACUUCUCCAAUCCCAGCUAUCACACACUUACUCAGUGCGCCACAUCCCCUCACGUCAACAACAGGGACAGGAUGACCCUUGCAAAGUCAAAGAACAAUCAGCUGUUUGUAAAUCUUAAGAACAUGACUCCUGGGAAGCGAGGCCUAGCUGUGGACUGCACGGGGACACUGCCGGCAGACUGGAAACACGGUGGCUACCUCAACGAACUCGGUGCUUUUGGACUGGAGAGAAGCUAUUUGGGAAAAUCCUUAAAAGAUCUGGGGAAGAAUUCUGAGUAUAAUUCAAGUAACUGCUCCCUAAGCAGUUCAGAAAACCCGUAUGCCACUAUUAAAGACCCACCCGUGCUUCUUCCUAAAAAUUCAGAGUGUGGCUACGUGGAGAUGAAGUCCCCAGCACGAAGAGAUUCCCCAUAUGCAGAGAUCAACAACUCAACUUCAACCAACAAGAAUGUCUAUGAAGUUGAACCUACAGUGAGUGUUGUCCAAGGAAUAUUCAGCAAUACUGGGCAUCUCACCCAGGACCCAUAUGACCUCCCAAAGAACAGUCACAUCCCUUGUCAUUAUGACCUGUUGCCAGUGCGGGACAGUUCAUCCUCCCCUAAGCAAGAGGAUGGUGGUGGCAGCAGCAACAGCGACAGUGGUGGCAGCAGCGGCAGCGGCGGCAGCAGCAGCAGUAGCAGCAGUGAAUGACACCAAAGGACCACAAGGUGACCACUGGAACCUUUUCCAGAACUGCAGUUCAGUUCUUCUCCAUCCAAGUUUUCCUCCUCAGUGAAUGUUAAUCAACUUGGUAGGCAAUUGUUGGAUGUGAAUCAGAAAGCUCAAAGCUGAGGCUGGCGCUGAUUGUAGGUGCUUUUUGCACAGGUGGCUUGGAAGGAGAUAGCACUGUGAUUUCCUAUUCAUUGUUUGUUUUAGAACUGCAUCCAUGAAGCAUGACUUAUUGUAAGAUGUUGGCUAAAAGCAUGAACUUGCAGAACUCCUUCGGAGACAUGGGUGGCAGUGGACAUUGGUAUUAUUACUUGGAAAAUUACAACUUAAAUUUUUUUUCUCAUUUGCAUCAUAGAGUUAUGACUAGGGCUGGGCAGUUUAUCAGAAAUUUGCACCAUAAAAGUGGGAAUCACUAAACAUAUAGAAGACAACAUACUGUUGAGUCUUUAUUGCUUAAUGUUUUCCAGCUGGACUCAGAAUUUCAGGAAUUGUAUGAAUGCAGAAAAAAUAUUCUGUUAGGUGGCAAUACUGCAUAAAGUGAAGAAAACACUAGAAAUGGAUAGCAAAUUUAAAUAUGAAAAAUUUAGGAUUUUUUAGAAUGAGAAAAUGUACAAUUAGAAAUAUUUUAGAAAUAGUAGGAGUAUUUCAGAAGUCAGUACACAGAUGUACCAGGCAGAGGUGGACUUCUUCUAUGAUCCUCGGCCCACUUUGGAUCCAUGACAUUCUGAGCACUGUCGCCAUCAUGCGUAUCUGUCAUUCGAGACACGUAACAUAUCAGUAAUUAUGUCAUAAAUCUAGAAAGGAAAUAACUUUGUAUUGGACAGACUGGAUUGAGUGAGUGUGUAAUGAUUGGUAAAGGUUGUAAAUUUUACAUGUAAAAAGACGCUUCAGUUUUGUAAACCGUUAGUAAUACAUACUGUAAUAUAGAGUUAGCAGAAAGUUUUGAUUAAUUUUCCCCUGAAAGUGAUCUAAAUAUUUUUGUGCAUAUUUGAAAAGGGGCCCUUUCCUUUUAUUAAUUGUUGAUUUAGAGAAACUAUGCUUAAGCUGGUCUUUUGCAUUGCUAAUAUGACAUGUACCCCAUUUUUUAUUAAUUUGUAUUUUCAUUAAGUUGUAUAUUCUAUGUUUUGUAGUGUUUGGAUUGUUAAUGAAAAGCUAUUGUAUGUUCAUUGUUUCUUGUAUUAUUGCCAUUCAUCUUUUGCUUGAAUUAAAAUGUAUUUUUUCUUUUAGAGGGAAGAAGUGAAAACAUGUAACUUAAAAAAAAAUCAGUCAUUACUAAAAUAGUACUGUAACCAUAGAUGGAUAGCUUUUUAAUAUCCCAAAAUGAAAUGUCUUUUGAUCUUUUGAUUCCCUGAAUCUUUGUUAAACAGGAAGAAGGAAAAUACCACAUACUACAGUUGGAUCUUCAUAAGACCUAAAUUAUGGUCAUCGUAUAAUUGACCAUCCAAGCUGGGACACUUUUAGAGUGAGGACAUUACUAAUAGUUACCCUGUAAAGUACAUAAGCCUGCAUUACUCCGGGCAAACCAGAACAGAUGCUCGUCCUGUGCAUAUUUACACAGUAACAUUUUUCACUCCAAGGUAGCUGUCUCGUAAGAAUGUCUAGAUGAUGCAGCAGAGCCAGGUUUUGUUCUUUGAUCUGCAUGAGCAAGCAGAGAAGCUGAAAGGCUGAGUAAGGAAGCAGCUGUGAAAGGUAAAUAGUGGUCUUCCAUCUUUCAAGACAUGAAGCCUUGUAUGACAUUCUAUUGGAGUGAGUCAGUAAUAUUUGCUAAGAUAUUACAUAUCAGUAGUAUCUACAAAGCAGUGUCCCUGCCAGUUAUUGAGUUGGGAAAUCCACUUCUUUCAUGCCACACAUUUCACCCAUGAUGGUUUGCCUGGUCAGGUGGAUAGCACAGCAAAUAUAUUUAGUGCACUCACUCCUAUGAUGACUGCUUCUUUAAAGGAAGAGUAAAAUUAAUUCAUAGAAAUAGCUAAUUUCCUGGAAUGCACCAUGAGAAACAAUUACUUAUCCCAGUAGUUAUGUUGACCCUUGACUAUAGGGAUGGGCAUCAAAUAAGACACAAGUAGGUCAGUGGCCGCAGCAAUCCUUUAGGUAGGAAACACAGUAAGACAGUUUCUGCUUUCUUUUAAAGGAGCUUCACUUCAGAACUCCACGGUAAGUUUGGGUGUCCUCGUUAUUCCUUGGAGAUAGGUUUUAAAAAUCUAUUUCUUUUCUCAUUCUCUUAUUUUAAAAAAGAAAGCUUCAUGUGCAGAGGUAACAGUAAUAUAAGUAGAAAAUCUGGAUAACAGAUGUGGACUCCAAAGGACUAGUGAUAUCCUGGAACAUUUGUACAUGAGACAAUUCUUACUUACCAGUGUUCACUCAGAACUUUUCAAACACCUGAGCACAUGUAGCACUUUGAAUUUUGUAAAACUGUGUGUUAUAUUUAAGAGGUCUGGUGGAAAGGCAACAUUUUUAGAUUUUUUUUUUUUUAAUGUAAUUUCUCUCCUAUAUCCCGUAGUAGUCAAAGCACUGAAUGAGUUUAGGGAUGCUUUGCAAAAGCCAUUCAUAUAAGAAUGUAAGCCAAACUAUUAUUCUUUCCCUAGAAGGCAAUGUAUCAGAAAAUUAUAAAUUAUUUGUAUUUAUAUACAAACCAUCAAAACAUGCCCAAAUGAUAACUGACAUGCUUGCUUUAAUAAGAAGAAUAUGUUAUCUGUGGUUAAUCGCAUGAUGUUGAGGAAGCUUCCAUAAUUAUUUACUCUUUGACAUUAGUUUUUCCCCUGUUGCACAUGGUAGUGUUAACAGAGAGUUUAACGUGUUUAAGCAACUUGAGGAAAAUCAACCAUAUAAUUUUAUAAUAGGAUAAUAUAACCUGUCUCAACCAAGACCAUUAGUACAAUGUGUAUUGUGAGAAAUGCAUACAACGUUAUGAAAAUUUGGUCAUCUUGACCUCCCUGAGUCACAAGAGUGGUAAGUUGGAAUUUUUUUAAACCAUAAAUAUUGUUAAAAGUUAGUGACUGGCCAAACUUUAAUGUUGCUCUGUCCCACUCUGGUUGGAGUCUCGGACUUGUGUGUUUUUGUUAUAUAUUGUUUGCAAGGUUCCAACUAAAUAGGGCAGUUCUGUCAACAAUUUCCAGGGCAAGAAAAACAGAAUAUUCAAGAGUGACAGCGAUAUAAUUCGUGUUGAUAUUAUAAGUCCACUUUACACUUAAAAUAAAAAUUUUAAAAAUUAAGUUUUAAGGUGAUGUUUUUAAAAAUAAUAAAUCUUCUAUCUCUGGGUAAUAUGUCCUUAAUAUUUAAACUAAAUACUUAGGAGAUAGUUGGGUCUUACAGGCUCUAUGUCAUGGAAGUGUACAUAGAUACAAAAAUGUGAAUCGCAUGGUAUGGACAAACACUUGUUUAUUAACUAUAGUUGUACAACAGGCUGCCCCAUUAUAGUCCUAUUGGUAUUGGUAUCCUAACACUGGGUCUGCUUAUUCUAGUUCAGUAUUUAAUCUAGGAUUCAUUUUGAUAAGACCAAAUCACAAUAUAUAUAUUUUAAGAGGAAAAAAUUCAAAAUACGCUAGAAUUUAUUUGGUUACAGCAAACAAUGCUUUCACAGUGCUGCAUAUCUCUAUUUUCCAAAGAUGGUAAACUUUUAUCAGUAUUAGUCUACAUUGUCAUUUAUAUCACCAAAUGAGUUUAUAGAUUAAUGUAAUAAACUUUCUAAUAAAAAUUUCUAAGUAGUG